AUGGACAAAUAUCCUAAUUCAGAAAUCCAACUCCCUCCUGGAUUUAGAUUCCACCCUUCUGAUGAGGAACUAAUUGUUCACUAUCUGAGAAAAAAAGUGACUUCAUCACCCCUUCCUGCUUCAUUCAUAGCAGAAAUAGACCUUUACAAGUAUAAUCCAUGGGAGCUCCCAAGCAAAGCUUUGUUUGGAGAGGAUGAUGAAUGGUACUUCUUUACUCCUAGGGACAGAAAAUAUCCCAAUGGAGUGAGGCCCAAUAGAGCAGCUGGUUCAGGUUAUUGGAAGGCGACUGGAACUGACAAACCCAUUUUCACUUCUUGUGGGAUAAUAAAGAGCAUUGGAGUUAAGAAGGCCCUUGUGUUCUAUAAGGGUCGUCCACCAAAAGGAUCUAAAACUGAUUGGAUCAUGCAUGAGUACAGAUUGCAUGAUUCAAUGAUCUCAAAUUCGAAGCAAAAAGGGUCCAUGAGACUUGAUGAGUGGGUGCUAUGCCGGGUUCGGCAAAAAUCUAGCUACUCAAGAAGCAUUUGGGAAGAUUCAAAUGACCUUAUUUAUGAACCAACCAGUCAGUUUCUACAAAUGAAUCAGAACUCUAACCCUGAACAAGUCAAAAACACCGUGCACAAUGAAUUCCCAAUGUUACCUUAUAUUCUGGCUUCUAAGAGUGCUAUGCCUAAUUCCAUUAGUAUGGCCUCGAGCUCAGACUUCGAUUGUAUUGAUGAUGUAAAAGCAUAUGCAUCAUUGCAUGAAGAUAAUUUUAACAUAAUAGGAGCCCUGGCACCUUUGGCUGAAGGCUUGUUUAGUCCGCAGAAGAGAAAAGCCACUGAAGAAAAUGAGUUGGACUUGUAUGCUCCCCUCAAACUAAGCAAAGAAGUUGAUGAUGGGAAGCAAAGAAUUGAGAUAGAGGGAAGAAAAGGCUACAAUUUCAAUAACUUUGACCAGUGGAGUUCCAUUAAAGAACCCCAAGAGUUUAAUAGCUUAGCCUUUAUGGGAUAUACAUGA